UUAGGAAGAGCUUCGUAAUUUUUAACUUUUCGAAAUCCAGUAGAAUGAAUUCAGUGAUUUGGAUUUUAGUUUUGCUCUUUGCAAUAUUGUCUGUGAUGUCAAUAAUACAGGAAGAUGUAUGCAGACUUCCUAAACAAGUCGGAUAUUGCAAAGCGUCCUUUCCAAGAUACUAUUUCGAUCAUGAAAAAAAUGAAUGCGUUUAUUUUAUUUAUGGAGGAUGCAUGGGAAAUGACAAUAAUUUCAAAACUGAAGAAGAAUGCGAAAGAGUAUGUAAAAAUAGUAAAAUUCAAGAACUAAAAUUUUAAAAAAUGUAUCAACAAUGAAGAAAGAUAUCAAGAUUAUAUAAAUAUUUGUAUAUAUAAUGAAUCUAUUAUUACAAAUAUAAUUACAAGAAAAAACAGAUCUAAGACAAAUA